CUACUACUACUACUACUACUACUACUAUGGAUAAAGAAGGGUUGUUUUUACUUCUUUUAAUGGUGGCAAGUGCUUCGUGUAAAUUCUAUUUGUUCCAUCCCAAAGGACAGCUAUGUGAUGCAGCCUCGAUGGCUGAAGAAAGUGAAGUGACUCUGGGCAACCUUGUGCUUGUUCCUGGUGGGGAAUUGCAGGUGGUGUCAGUGGUGGAGCCAGACUACUGGGCUACUAUUCAGUUCUUCAUCUGUCCCCAAGAGAUUCCUGCUAAUUAUCAAGGAAUGUGGAGGUUUGACUGCACUAACAGGAUACCCCUACAAGUAACGAAUGACAUGGACCUUCACUACUUGGGCUACAAGUUGAUGCUACACAAAAACAUCACAGUGACGCGACUCAAGUUACCAGACAACUUUACAUGUCACCGCUGUGGCCUGCAGGCCGCACUGACGCACUACAUUUGUAAGGACUGUCCCCCGUACUACACAAGCUUCUCCUGCUCCAUCCUAUCCAUCAGCAACAAUGAAACUCUUGACAAACCCUACUAUGGUACAGCUUACAAACCCCACAAAAAUGCAUAUGGUACAGCUACUUAUAGACCUCACAAGAAUUAUGGUACAGCUGCUUAUAGACCCCACAAAAACACAUAUGGUACAGCUGGCUACAAACCCCUAAAGAACUAUGGUACACCUGCUUACAGACCUCACAAGACCUAUGGUACAGCUGGCUACAAACUCCAAAAGAACUAUGGUACAGCCGGCUAUAAACCCCUAAAGAACUAUGGUACAUCUGCUUACAAACCCCACAGAAACUAUGGUACAGUUUCUUAUAGACCUCACAACUAUGGUACAUCUGCUUACAAACCCCACAGAAACUAUGGUACAGUUUCUUAUAGACCUCACAACUAUGGUAUAUCUGCUUACAAACCCCACAAGAACUAUGGUACAGCUGGCUACAAACCCCUAAAGAACUAUGGUACAACUACUCAUAAACCCAACUAUGCUACAUUUACUUACAAACCCAAGAAGAACUAUGGUACAGCUGGCUACAAACCCCUAAAGAACUAUGGUACAACUACCCACAAACCUAACUAUGCUACAUUUACUUACAAACCCAAGAAGAACUAUGGUACAGCUGGCUACAAACCCCUAAAGAACUAUGGUACAGCUGGCUACAAACCCCUAAAGAACUAUGGUACAACUACCCACAAACCUAACUAUGCUACAUCUACUUACAAACCCAAGAAGAACUAUGGUACAACUACUCAUAAACCCAACUAUGCUACAUUUACUUACAAACCCAAGAAGAACUAUGGUACAACUACUCACAAACCCAACUAUGCUACAUUUACUUACAAACCCCUAAAGAACUAUGGUACAGCUGGCUACAAACCCCUAAAGAACUAUGGUACAACUACCCACAAACCCAACUAUGCUACACUUACUUACAACCCAAACAAGAACUAUGGUACAAGUACAUAGACCCCAGAAGAACUAUGGAACAAUUUAUAGACCCUGCUAUGGUGCGACUCCUUUCCGACCCCAUAGAAAGCCCUACACCCACCACCAUCACAACAGGCCCAGUCCACAAAGCAGCAGUGUUGAGAGCAGCCCAGAAACGAGUGAGGAAGAGAGUGAAAACAGCAGUGGUGUGUCUUUGCAGGAGAGCAGUGGGGGCAGCAGUGGUCUUAAGAGUAGUGAGGAGAAUCAUCCCCCACACUGUUGAUAAUUGUGUGUCUGUGUCUGUGUGUGUGUGUGUUUGCCUUGUUUUAACUGUUUAAUUCCUUCAGUACUGGGACACAUUUUUACCUUGAGUUUUGUGUAUGAUUAGA